AUUUCGUGAUUUCAGAUAACCCACUGCUCUUACAUUUCGUUUUCACUCUCCACGCCGCCGCUAUUCCGUCGUAGACAGCGGCGCCUUCACUCUCCUCUAUCCAGGAAUAGUAUAAUCUAUCAUUUGAUGGUUUUAAUUCCAAGUUUUCAAUACUCUCCUUCACUGGCGCUCUCCUUACUAAUCUCUUAGACGGGAUGUGAUUAAUGUCUUUUGUAAUAUUUGGUUUGCAUCAUACAAGAUGAGCAAAUCUAAUCGUGCAAAGGAUAAGCAUGGAAAAAGUGAUAAGCUUUCUGGGGAUAAUUGUGAUGAAGGGAGUGCAGCCCGUACAAGGCCAUUUAGUUUUGAAGAGAUUAUGCUUAGAAGAAGAAACAAAGAACUGCUUGAAAAUGUUAAAGACCCCGCACUUGGAUGUUCUCUAGAGAAAAUUGAUGAUCAUUUUGAGUCUGCCAGGAUCCAUAAACAUGACAAAAGCUCAUCCUUUGGCAGGGAGAAACAUGCUUCUGAGGAAUAUGUGAAAGUAAGUUCUAGAAAGAAGGUUCAAAAUACAUAUGUAAAGGAAGAUGAUUUAAUUGAAGUGAAAGGUAGGGCUAACCAUAAUUUGGAAACUAAAUCAAGUGCUGGAUUAAAUAAUAAAGGCAAGAUGACCAAAGAAAAGACUGAGAAAGAGAUGUUUGGUCAUAGAAAAAAUGAGAAAAUUCAUGAAAGUUCUGAGUAUAAAGCUGGAAAUAAGCAUUCAAGAGAUAGGGAGAGUUAUGUGGAAGAAAAUAGACCAAAAUCUGAAAGGAAAGUAAAGAAAAAAAACCAUGUUGGAGAGGAUGAGAAUCCUAAUGAGUAUGUUAUCGAAAAGAGGCAUGAUAAUGAUAGAGAUAAUAGCUGGAGAUUGAAAAGGUGGUUAGGCAAUAACUCUGAAGAAGUGCCUGAAAAGAAGCAUUAUAGAGAAUCAGAUAAGGAUAAGCAUGCAGGUGGUAGGGAAAAAUAUGCAAGGGAAACCAAGAGAAAAUACCAAAAUGGAGAUGAUGAAACUCAAGACAGAAGUACAUCGAGGAAACAUGAUGCUGUGAAACAUCAUAAGAUGCACAGUUAUGAGAGGAAGGAGAGGCGGGCUAAGGUCAAGUCACAUUAUGAAGAAUUAAUAGCAAAGAGGAGACGUUCAAGAAGUCGAGAGCGUGAGGAUAGUUCACCUUCUUUUCCACCAAGGCAGCAAAAACGUACUUAUCAAGAUGGAGAGCGAAAAGAGUCAUCUAUGCAUUCUUUGAAAGAUAGUUCUAGAAAAAAGCACCCUGAUACUGAUAAAAGUAAAGUAUCAACUAAUGGUUCAAGUAGUCACCAUCAUCGUCAUGGUGGCUCUACAAGUGGACUUGGUGGCUAUUCUCCGAGGAAGAGGAAAAGUGAAGCUGCUGUUAAGACUCCUUCCCCAUCUAAGCACUCUCUUGAGAAGAAACGUGCUGGAUGGGAUCUACCCCCUGUAGGAGCAAAUAAUCCUUCUCCCACUGUUGUUUCUUCAAGUUUUCUAUUAUCAAAUGGUGCUGUGUUGUCCAACAUGCAUGGAGUGGUCUCAACCAAUUCUCUUGAUCUAGCCCUUGUGAAGCGUCGACCAAUAUCUUUUCCAAAUGAUGUAAUAACAGGGAAAAAUUCCAACAUUGAUUCUGUUCAAUUGACACAAGCUACCCGGCCUAUUAGAAGGCUUUAUCUUGAGAAUCUACCUGCUUCUGCCUCUGAGAAAGCUGUGAUGGAUUGCUUCAAUAACCUCUUACUCUCUGGUCGGGUAAAUCCUAUCCAGCAAGCUCAACCUUGCAUCAGCUGCGUUUUGCAUAAAGAUAGGGGCCAAGCUCUUGUAGAAUUCCUUACCGCUGAGGAUGCAUCAUCUGCUCUUUCUUUUGAUGGCAAUACACUAUUUGGCUCCAUUGUGAAAAUUAGACGACCCAAAGACUAUGUUGAAGUUGCAACUGGUGAACCAGAGAGAUCAAUGGAUGCUACUGUCACAAUAAGUGAUGUUGUAAUUGAUUCACCUCACAAGAUCUUCAUUGGUGGAAUUUCAAACCUUCUUUCUUCUGAGAUGCUUAUGGAGAUUGCUAGUGCGUUUGGAUCUUUGAAGGCUUACCACUUUGAAACCAACGCCAGCAAUGCAUCAUGUGCUUUUCUGGAGUAUUCGGAUCACUCUGUUUCCAUCAAAGCUUGUGCUGGUAUGAAUGGUAUGAAGCUGGGAGGGGAAGUACUUACAGUUGUUCAGGCAAUGCCUGAUGCAUCAUCACCUUUGGAAAAUGCUGGUGAACCGUCUUAUGGGAUUCCAGAACAUGCAAAACCACUGCUCAGAAAGCCUACACCAGUACUAGAGAUUAAAAAUGUGUUCGCAGCGGAGUCUAUUUCGUCUCUAUCUGACAUGACAAUUGAAGAAAUUUUAGAUGAUGUACGAUUUGAAUGUGCAAGAUUUGGGACUAUUAAAUCAAUUAAUGUAGUCAGGCAUAGCAGUGAAAAGGAUUUAGCAAUCAAAUUAGAAGAAUGUGAAGUCAUAAAUGAAGUGGAAUCUAAAGAUUUUCAAGACACCAACUCUGUUAGUACAAAAUCUAGUUUUUCAGACAGGGCUACUGACCCCAAAUCUGAAGCAACAAAUUGGGUUAAAUUUGAUGAUGCGAAAGAAUUGGAAGAAUAUAAAGUUGAUGAUGGUACCGGUGUUAAUACUGAUAAAAAUGCUGAAGUUUUUGAUGAUGAAUCAUGUCAAGAACACCUUGUGAAUGAUACAGCAGUUGAAAAUGUCGGCGGUAAGAGCAUACCUUCUAGUAUCAUACAAGAAUAUCCUGAUCAACAGGAUACAUCCGAUGACGUACCCAAAUUGGAUGAUGAAAUGGUUGCUAACGAUACAGGUGUGGAUAUUGAAAAUAAGAUUGUGGGGGAAAACACGGAUUCAAAAGGCACGGUUUCUGCAGUUCAGGAAGGCUUUUCUGAACGUGUUACUCGUUUCGAAUUAGUUGGUCCCCAAAAGGUAACUGAUACGGAAGAUGAUAAUGAUCAUGUAUUUGAACCGGGUUCUGUUCUUGUUGAGUAUAGACGAGCCGAAGCAUGUUGUUCAGCAGCACAUUCUUUGCAUGGACGACUGUUUGAUGGCAGAAUGGUGACAGUGGAGUAUGUUGCUGAGAGACUAUACAGAGCAAGAUUCACAAAAUGAGCACUUCUAAGCGAACGGUAACUCUUGGUUAUAUGAUGAAACAUAAUAUUGUCUUUGCAUGAUUGUGGAAGAACGGAUUAAUUGAACUGAUCGGUUAUGCCAUCCUGCUUCCUGCUGUUAAAUGUGCAAACAGUUUUUAAAUUUCUGAUUUACCCUGCUGAUGCUUAACUGAGCAAUGUGGAUUUGAGGAAAAUGCAGUUUAGUAUACAUCAAGUCUGUAGCUGCAGACCAUCUGAUAAAGAUUUGUUUUUCAAACGAGACAUGAUGAAAAUUAUCAUUUCGUGCCAAAUGUUUUAAAUGCUGUUAGCCUUGGAGAUGGUGAUGUCAUGGUUUUUGGCAAUAUUUUGUGUACAUGGUUAAUGUUGCGUUACAAACUGAUUGUUGUAUCGUAGUUAUUUUAGAUGUUGGUCACAGGGCCAUACUUUUUUUUUUUUGUGUUGUUUCUUUCACAUAUUAACCUUCUGUCACCGUAACAAAAUACAAACUUUCACUAACUAUUUACUUGAC